AGCAGGACGUGGUGUAGUUUCCUUUGUUUCAAUAUUUUUUCAAGUCACUAGUUAGAGGUGAGGACAGAGUGUUAAAUCGAGGUCUGCGAAGUCUGCUGGUUUACCUAGUAGAGCCACGCCUAGCCUAUGCAUUAACCUAAUCGAGUAGAAACAGGAACUACGCUCCCUGAUUAAUUUGAGAAAUUUGUAUGUAGUAGUUGAGGGUUUGCCGGUUAAUAUUGUAAUAUUUGAUACAUAUUAGCAUCAAAGACGAUAGUCUUAUUCUACAGCAAUUCAGAUAGCCUUAUUCUACAGCAGGACGUGGUGUAGUUUACUCCGUUUUAAUGAAACAUGCCGGUUAUUGUAUUUGAUACAUAGCAUCAAAGACGAUGACUGAGAAACUGGACACAACGGCCGCCACUAAUGUGGUUUCGGUCUUCGCGGAGGACGGAAAUUGCGUGGAGCUUGCAAGACGUCUGAUAAAAAGAGCUUUUUUAGGUCCAAAGCUGACAACCAAGUAUUACGAAGCUGAGCUGGAGUUUGUCUUUCAUGACGUCGACACAGGAGAGGUGGCGGAGAACAAGAUAUUGAAAGAAGAUCCUCCACCAGCGUCAUCUACUAGAAGUAGCUCAACAACAACGUCGAGUGGAAGUAGUUGUACUACAAAAAUUCCAGACACAUCGGCUGCAUCAUCUAGCUCUUCUAGUAGUUUGAUUAGUACGACCAUUCCAGAACCAGAUUCAGACGCAUCUUCAGCUGCUGCCGUUGUGCUCUUUUAUCGCACAAUACCCGGAUUGCAGAGACUUUUCUUGUCCUUGUCCACUGAAAAGCAAAAGGAAGAUGAUAUCCAUCUCCUCGAGCAAAUGGACUCAUGCUCAUCGAGUAGGUUACAACUUGCGGUUUGCUGCGUUUUCGACAAUGAGGGAAUUAUAGACGAGCCCAUUCCUGUUGGACUUCUUGAAGAACGAGAAGACACUAGGUUGGAGCAUUUUGACGUGUGCCUGGAUCACGGUUUUCAACGGUGCAGACUGUUGGAAAGUGAAGCAGGUGAAGAAGGUGUAGAUGAUUGUGGUGCACUUAAUACAUCUCGCGGUGUAGGUUUAGAUUGUGGCGGUGUACUUCUUAAUACAUCUUCUACUUCAUCUUCGUUGUUGGAUGAAGACGAGCAAGAACGGCGAUUCAGUGGGAUAGCGGAAAUUAGGGACUCAUUCGAAUGCCACAUGUGGCCUCACAUGGAGAUGAUCGACCGGAACAAUAGGAGUUGCAAUGGAGAACGGGAAGAAUUACCUCCAAGUACUAGAAGUCGUUAUACUCCACCAUCAACUAGUACAUCUGAGGAGUCCUUACAGGACUCACACUCAGACUUGGAGAGAGAAGCAGAAAGAAAUAAAGGGGCGGAUGUGAAGUUAUCUGGUUCGCAAGUUUCUAGAUCUCCUUCACCUACAUUUGGCGUCCAUAAGGGUUGCGAAGAGACGGCAACUGUGGCUGUGAGAAGGACAUUGCUAGAAGACAAGGUCGUAGAUGCACAUGCACCAAACAAGGCGAGCACGAUAUCUUCAAAGCAACAUCCUGAAGACUCAGACGAAAAACGACAGCAAAAAACACUUCUCGAGGAGGGAACCCCGUCAACUGAUGCUGAAGGAGGUAGAGGCAAUUCCGAAGUAGAUGAAGACGAAAUGCAGCUUGAGAAUUUGGAUAAGCUAAUGCAUCAAAUGCGUCAAGCACAUGACAGUGCGAAGGGCUUGUCUGAUGAAGAUCGUAGAAAAAAAGCCGAAGACCUGGCUUUGCGGAUGAUGAGUCUUCUGAAUCUCAGUGAUGAUGAGGAUGGAGAACAAUAGAAACGGGAGAAGGAUACGCAACUUUUGUUGUUGUGGUUGAUUUUUUUGAGUUCUCGACUGCAUUAAGGUCGACGAGGAUUCCCUCAGCAGUGGAGUUAAUACUUGGAACAAGUGCAGUAGUCGAGUUCAUCCCCAGUACGCCAUUACAAGGUGGGUGGGAUUACCAGGAGUUGGGACCGCGUGUGACAUGAUGACGAUGAUCUUUCACAGGAAUCUACAUCUACUUGAAGUAUGUUUUUACAUUGAAGCUACGACUAAUUGAUCACCAACAAGAGCAGACUGAACCCCAACCCUCCCGCUCGUGUAAGUACCUCCUACUUAAACAUGGAUUUGAAGAUCUCGAUCGUCACCCUCCUCCUAAUGAAGUGAUUCCUGUCCCAGGACAAGCAUAAAAAUUGAUAUUGAUAGCUACUCUCUCCUACGAAUAUCUCUUCCUAGAAGAAAUAGCUCUUACCCAUGAAAAGCUACAAAUACCACUUGCUCCUACAACGCGACAAGAAGCUAGUGCCACUACAAGAACUCCUAUUUCUUCUCGAC